CUUCGAUAGCAUUCCUCCUUUUCUUUGUCCUCUGUAUGCCUGUCUCAUAACAUCUUUGUUCUCCCUCACACACUCCGCUAUAUCGAGUGACUAUUAGUAACCAGGUUCCCCUAGCCAAAUAACCAUGGAGUCGGAUAUCGGAUUCAAGGCAGCCCUACAGGAGGCAGAGCAGGGCAGCUCCGAGGGCGGAGUCCCCAUCGGCGCAGCACUUGUCUCAGCUGAUGGCAAGGUACUGGGACGAGGCCACAAUAUGCGCAUCCAGGAGGGGAGUGCCAUUCUACAUGCCGAAAUCUCAGCUUUGAACAACGCCGGAAGGCUGCCGGCUGGUACAUAUCGCGGUGCUACGAUGUACACGACACUGUCGCCGUGCGAUAUGUGUACCGGUGCCUGUCUCAUGUAUGGUAUCAAGCGUGUAGUCAUUGGCGAGAACAAGACUUUCCUAGGAGGCGAAGAGUAUCUGAAGCAAAGAGGAGUCGAGGUCGUCGUGCUAGAGAGCGAGAAGUGCAAAGAACUCAUGAAGAAGUUCAUUGCUGAAAAGCCGGCAGAAUGGAACGAGGAUAUUGGUGAAGAGUAG